AUGGGCCCUUUGGGAAUACUUUGUUUUUUAAUCUUUCUGGAGAAUAGCUGGGGACAGGAACAAACGAGAUAUGUCAUUUCAGCACCAAAAGUAUUUCGUGUGGGAGCAUCAGAACGUGUUGUAAUCCAAGUUUAUGGAUACACCGAAGCAUUUGAUGCAACGAUCUCUAUCAAAAGUUAUCCCGAUAAAAAAUUUAGUUAUUCUUCAGGUUCUGUCAAUUUACGCCCAGAAAAUAAAUUCCAAAACUCUGCAGUCUUAACAAUACAACCCAAACAAUUGUCUGGAGGACAAAACUCAGUUUCACAUGUAUAUCUGGAAGUUUUAUCAAAGCAUUUUUCAAAAUCGAAACAAAUUCCAAUAACCUAUGAGAAUGGGUUUCUCUUUGUUCAAACAGACAAACCUGUGUAUACUCCAACUCAGUCAGUUAAGAUUCGAGUUUAUUCACUGAAUGAUGACUUGAAGCCGGCCAAAAGAGAAGCUGUUUUAACUUUCAUAGUAAGACCCGAAGGAUCAGAGGUUGACAUGGUAGAAGAAAAUGAUUAUACUGGAAUUAUCUCGUUUCCUGACUUCAAGGUUCCGCCUAAUCCUAAGUAUGGUGUAUGGACGAUUAAAGCUAAAUAUAAAGAGGACUUUUCAACAACUGGAACCACACAUUUUGAAAUUAAAGAAUAUGUUUUGCCACAUUUUUCUGUUUUGAUAGAACCAGAAAGUAAUUUCAUUGGUUACAAUAAUUUUAAGAAAUUUGAUAUUACUAUAAAAGCAAGAUAUUUUUACAAUAAAGUAGUCACCGAGGCUGAAGUUUAUAUCUUUUUUGGAAUAAGAGAAGACAUAAAAGAAGAUCAAAAAGAAAUGAUGCAAAAAGCAAUGAGAAACACAAUGUUGAUAAAUGGAAUUGCUCAUGUCACAUUUGAUUCUGAAACGGCAGUUAAAGAACUGUCAUAUGAGAGUCUAGAAGAUUUAAACAAUAAGUACCUCUACAUUGCUGUAACUGUCGUAGAGUCUACAGGUGGAUUUUCUGAAGAGGCAGAAGUACCUGGCAUCAAAUAUGUCCUCUCUCCCUACAAACUGAAUUUGGUUGCUACUCCUCUUUUCUUGAAGCCUGGGAUUCCAUAUUCCAUCAAGGUUCAGGUCAAAGAUUCACUUGACCAGUUGGUAGGAGGGGUACCAGUAACCUUGAAUGCACAAACCGUUGAUAUAAACCAAGAGACCUCUGACUUGGAAUCACAGAGAAGUGUGUCACAUCUCAAUGAUGGAGUGGCUGCUUUUGUGGUUAAUCUCCCAUCCGGAGUGACAGCGCUGGAGUUUUAUAUCAGAACUGAUGCCCCAGAUCUUCCAGAAGAUAAUCAGGCCAGCAAAGAUUACCGAGCAAUUACAUAUUCAUCUCAUAGUCAAAGCUACCUUUAUAUUGAUUGGACUGAAAACUACAAAGCUUUGCUUGUGGGAGAAAAUAUGAAUAUCAUUGUUACCCCCAAGAGUCCAUACAUUGACAAAAUAACUCACUAUAAUUACUUGAUUUUAUCCAAGGGCAAAAUUGUACACUUUGGCACAAGGGAGAAACUUCUAGAUUCAUCUUAUCAAAGUAUAAACAUUCCAGUGACACAGAACAUGGUUCCUUCAGCCCGACUUCUGGUCUACUACAUUGUCACUGGAGAGCAGACAGCAGAAUUAGUGUCUGACUCAGUCUGGUUAAAUAUUGAAGAAAAGUGUGGCAACCAGCUCCAGGUUCAUCUGUCUCCAGAUGCAGAUGUAUAUUCUCCAGGCCAAACUGUGUCUCUUAAUAUGGUGACUGAGUUGGACUCAUGGGUGGCAGUAGCAGCAGUGGACAGUGCUGUGUAUGGAGUCCAAGGAAGGGCCAACAGGCCCAUGCAAAGAGUGUUUCAGGCUUUCGAAAAGAGUGACCUGGGCUGUGGGGCGGGUGGUGGCCGUGACAAUGCAGAUGUAUUCCAUCUAGCUGGACUCACCUUCCUCACCAAUGCAAAUGCAGAUGGCUCCCAAGAACAUGAUGAACCUUGCAAAGAUGUUCUCAGGCCAAGACGAGAAUUGCAGCAAAAAAUAGAAGAACAAGCUGCUAAAUACAAACAUCCAGUGCCGAGGAAAUGCUGUUUCGACGGAGCCCGGUUUAAUAAUGAUGAGACCUGCGAGCAGCGAGUUGCACGGGUCACUAUAGGCCCGUUUUGCAUCCGAGCUUUCAACGAAUGCUGCAUCCUCGCAAAUCAGCUCCGAGCUAAAGACUCUGUUAAACCCAUGCAGUUGGGGAGACUACACAUGAAGACUCUCUUGCCAGUAACGAAGCCAGAAAUUCGGAGCUACUUUCCAGAAAGCUGGCUAUGGGAAGUUCAUCACGUUCAUAAAAGAAAACAGUUGCGGGUUGUGCUGCCUGACACCCUCACUACCUGGGAGGUUCAAGGUGUUGGCAUUUCAAAUAGUGGUAUAUGUGUUGCUGAUACUCUCAAGACAAAGGUAUUCAAAGAUAUCUUCCUGGAAAUGAAUAUACCAUAUUCUGUGGUACGAGGGGAACAGAUCCAAUUGAAAGGAACUGUUUAUAACUAUAGAACUUCUGGAACAAUGUUCUGUGUUAGAAUGACUGCCGUGGAGGGAAUCUGUACCUCGGGAAGCCCAGCCCCUGACCAUCACAGGGCAAAGACUUCUAAAUGUGUACGCCAGAGAGUAGAGGGCUCCUCCAGUCACCUGGUGACCUUCAGCCUGCUUCCUCUGGAAAUCGGCCUCCACAACAUCAGCUUUUCCCUGGAGACUUCAUUUGGAAGAGAAAUCUUAGUAAAAACAUUAAGAGUGGUGCCAGAAGGGGUCAAAAGGGAAAGCUAUGCCGGUUUCACUCUGGACCCUAAGGGAAUUUAUGGUGUCAUUAGCAGACGAAAGGAGUUUCCGUAUAAGAUACCACUAGAUUUGGUCCCCAAAACAAAUGUCAAAAGGAUUUUGAGUGUAAAAGGACUACUUAUAGGUGAAGUCCUAUCUGUGGUUCUGAGUCAGGAAGGCAUCAAUAUCCUAACCCACCUCCCUAAGGGAAGUGCAGAGGCAGAGCUGAUGAGCAUCGUCCCAGUUUUCUAUGUCUUUCACUACCUGGAAGCAGGAGACCACUGGAACAUCCUUCAUCCUGAUUCAAUGACUAAAAAGCAAAACAUGAAGAAAAAAAUAAAAGAAGGAAUGGUGAGCAUCACGUCCUACAGAAAUGCUGACUAUUCUUACAGCAUGUGGAAGGGUGAAAGUGGUAGCACUUGGUUAACAGCUUUUGCUUUAAGAGUACUUGGACAAGUACAUAAAUAUGUAGAACAGAAACAAAAUUCAAUUUGUAAUUCUUUGUUAUGGCUGGUUGAGAAUUGUCAGUUGGAAAACGGAUCUUUCAAGGAAACUUCCAACUAUCAACCAAUAAAAUUACAGGGUACCUUGCCUGUUGAAGCUCAAGAGAACAUCUUGUAUCUUACAGCCUUUUCUGUGAUUGGAAUUAGAAAAGCUUUUGAUAUAUGCCCCCUAGAGAAAAUCAACACAGCUCUAACUAAAGCUGAUACCUUCCUGCUUGAAAAUGCCCUCCCAUCCAAGACCACCUUUACACUGGCCAUUGUGGCCUAUGCGCUUUCCCUGGGAGACAACACGCACCCACAGUUUCGUUCAAUUGCUUCAGCCCUGAAAAAAGAAGCUUUGGUGAAAGGUGAUCCACCCAUUUACCGGUUUUGGAAAGAUCAUCAACAAGGUACAGACAGCUCUGCACCUACCACUGGUACAGCAGGUAUGGUGGAAACCACUGCCUACGCUUUACUCACCAGCCUGAGCUUGAAGGAGAUGAACUAUGUCAACCCCAUCAUCAGAUGGCUAUCUGAAGAGCAGAGGUAUGGAGGCGGCUUUUAUUCGACCCAGGAUACAAUUAAUGCCAUCGAGGGCCUGACAGAAUAUUCACUCUUGGUUAAACAACUUCAGCUGAAUAUGGAUAUCAGUGUCUCCUAUAAGCACAAAGGUGAAUUCUACCAUUAUAAGGUGACAGACAAGCAUUUCCUUGGGAGGCCAGUAGAGGUGCCUCUCAAUGAUGACCUCAUUAUCAGUACGGGAUUUAGCAAUGGCUUGGCUACAGUGCAUGUGAAAACUGUAGUGCACAAAACCAGUACCUCAGAAGAAGUUUGCAACUUUUAUUUGAAAAUUGAUACCCAAGACAUUGAAGCAUCCCGCUACAGUGGCUAUGGUGACUCCGGAUACAAACGUAUAACAGCAUGUGCCAGCUACAAGCCCAGUAGUGGGGAGUCUUCAUCAGGCUCCUCCCAUGCAGUGAUGGAUAUCUCUCUGCCGACCGGAAUCAGUGCAGACCAGGAAGACUUACGAGCUCUUGUGGAAGGGGUAGAUCAAUUGUUAACUGAUUACCAAAUCAAAGACGGACAUGUUUUUCUGCAACUGAAUUCGAUUCCCUCCAAUAAGUACCUUUGUGUCCGAUUCCGGAUAUUUGAACUUUUCCAAGUUGGGCUUCAGAAUCCUGCUACUUUCACAGUGUAUGAAUAUCACAGACCAGAUAAACAGUGCACCAUGUUUCAUAGCACUUCUGACACCAAACUUCAGAAAGUCUGUGAAGGAGCAACAUGCAGGUGUGUAGAAGCUGACUGUGGGCAAAAACAGAAAGAAUUGGAUAUGACAAUCUCUGCAGAUACCAGAAAAGAAACAGCGUGUAAACCAGAGAUUGCAUAUGCUUAUAAAGUAAGCAUCACAUCCAUCACUGAAGAAAAUGUUUUUGUCAAGUACACUGCAACUCUUCUGGAUGUCUACAAAACAGGGGAGGCUGUUGCUGAGAAAGAUUCCGAAAUCACCUUCAUUAAAAAGAUGACCUGUGCAAACGUUGACCUGGUAAAAGGAAGACAGUAUUUAAUUAUGGGUAAAGAAGCCCUGAAGAUAAAACACAAUUUCAGCUUCAAGUAUAUCUACCCUUUAGAUUCCUCUACCUGGAUUGAAUAUUGGCCUACAGACACAACGUGUCUCUCAUGUCAAGCAUUUUUAGCUAAUUUAGACGAGUUUGCUGAAGACAUCUUUUUAAAUGGCUGUGAGAAUGCCUGA